AUGACUUAUGAGCUUCCUACCAGAAGCUUAACCCUCGUCGUUCUAGAAUCCACGAUUUGCCACGCACUUAACAUUGGCAGUCUUGUAGGCAAUGCCAUGCUCUGUUUGGCCGUCUAUCGCAAUCCAAGGCUGAGAUCAACAACAAAUCUCUACAUCAUUGCGUUGUCUGUGGGCGAUCUGAUGUGUGCAGUUCUGGAAAUGCCACUAACGUUUUGGACUUUGGCUGUAGGAAAAUGGGUGUUCGGCAACGGUGCGUGCCAACUUCACGGCGUUGUGGACGUGUUCUCAACGUACAGUCCACCAGCUACCAUGGCUCUCACGGCGUUUAACAGACACAUACGCAUCGUGAGGGCUGACCAUUAUCGAAAAAUAUUUUCUCGUUGGCGUUCUAAAGUCUGGCUGUUUUGUGUGUGGUUCAGCCUCGCUGGAUACCUUCUUAUUGCGCGCAUAACAAAUUGGCAAAGAUACGACUUUGUUGUCGGUUUUGCUGCGUGCAGUGUGGAACAUUACACAGAAAACAGGAAACUUAUUCAUUAUUGCUUUGUGGUGUCGUUAUACUUUGGCGUUUCAUUUUUAGUUGCAAUAUUCUCUUACUACAAUGUGUUUCAGGCAAUUAGGAAUCACCAUUUACAAGUAGCAGCCAGACUGUACAGCGAGUCAACGACUUCCUCACCGCAAACGCUUAGAGUUUCAGUACAAGAAAUUAAAGCCACUAAAACGAUCGCUUUUGUGACGUUAGGUUUUACCCUUUGUUGGAUAUCGAUGUGGGGACUUUCUCUGACCAACAGAUUCUCCUCGAGCCCUGUACCAAGAAUAAUCCCAUUACUCGCAAUCUUUUUCGUCUUCUUAAGCACCUCCAUCAAUCCCAUUGUCUAUGCUGCCACUAACACUGGAUUUCGACAAGAAUUCCGCAAAAUGGUACUCUGUUUCAAGCCGAAAGCAAAAGUUUCCUCCCGCGUAUAG